AAAUCAAAUCACAUAAAUAGAGGCGGAUAUUUCAUUUACCAGAGAUUCAUUCAUGAUAGCAGUUGUAGGAGAAAGUUUGCAGAUUAGCGUAAUUUAGAAUAUUGUUGCGUUUGAUUAGAGACUAAAAGCUUUUCUGGAAAAGUUUUCAAAUUCGACUUGCGAUUCAGAUCUAACGAGCUGGCAACAAUUUUCCCUUCGAAUCAAAAACAGGAAAAGAGCAACAAAUCUGCGAGGAAAAUGUCCUGGAGGUGGUUUUUCAAAGUGAUAAUGUUAGUUUGUCCAGUUUUGAUUUUGGCUGGAAUCCCAAGGAAUUCGGAUGCCAAGGCACUCGAAAAAACAGAGAAGCCAUUCCAGUUCCACAUUGACUUGGCAGGACCUGUGCCUACCAGACCAAGCGUUGUCAAUAGCAACAGAAAACGAUGCUGUCGCAUAGGACGGCAAGCGGCUAAGAAGGAGUACAGCUGCUACGUCACGAGGAAUAUAGCGACUAUUCGCAUGAACAUGCCCAUGAGAGACAAGUUGAAAACAUCUGUGCAUGGAGACAAAUGGGAUUUUGCUUUUUGCAAAAUCCAUGGAGUUUUGUGUUACCAUUGCUGCAAUAAGGAAGCUCGCAACAUGGACAGAAAACGGUCCCCAUAG